AGGCCGACGAUAUACCAAAAGAAAAAGUCAAACGAUCCCAACUGAAAAUAUAAAAUUUAGUUAAAUUUUGGUUUAUAUCAGCUAUGAAGAAAAGCAAUGAAAUUAUAAAUGACAUGUCUGGAUAUUCCGGUGGAUAUCGCCGUAGACGUUUGCAUCAAGGCAUUUGCCGCCGACCGGAGAACUUUGAAGUUAGGCGGAUAUGGAGAAAUGUUAACCGACAGUUUGAACGCGGCAUGGAACGAGCUCUAGGAGGUAUGGAACCUCGUGAUAAAAUUUUGGCCACCGAAUGGAUUAACAAGCUCAUGGGAAAACCGCCAAAUUUACUGCAAUACAAUGAACGCAAUUCAUUUAUUAGGAAGCCUUUUAGUAACCCUUCUAUAUUAAAUAGUUUGUCCAAACUUACAGCUAUUAUGCCAAUGAUAUCACUCAAAAAGAAAAGUGUUAUUGAACUCAUAAAAAACUCGGUAGAUAAUGGUGAAUUUAUAUAUAAGCUACCAGUUCCGCGUGAUGGAGCAUUUUUUAUUUUACAUCUUAGUCCAAAUUUAUAAAUGGAAUUUAUUUUAUAUCUUACACAAUCGAAUCAUUUCAUUUAAAUUUGAAUUUGGACGACCGAUAUUCGAUGAGCAAUAAAUUAUUUUUAUUCUUA